AUGUCACAAAUCAGAAAAAUUUACUCAACAAUAUUCGGAAUACUGUUUGGCUUAAGUGUUGGCACAAUAUUCACACAUUACCGCACGUUAGAAAUCGUAAAUAGAUGUGAUCUUAUGGCAAGUGUACAAAAGAAAUCCCCAUUAGAGAUUAUCGACCUAAAUCCAAUGGAAACGUCGGAGAAUUCUCAGCGAACUUUGGUGUUUGUUGGUGUCAUGACUGCACAGGAUUUUUUGGAGGACCGUGCAAGGGCCGUCUAUGAGACAUGGGGCAAAAAUGUUCCAGGCAGAAUCGCGUUUUUCAGUUCCGAAGGCUCGAUGUCGAGAGAUUUGCCCUUGGUCGCCCUCAAAGGUGUCGAUGACCGUUAUCCGCCACAAAAGAAGUCUUUCAUGAUGUUGCAUUACAUGUACGAGCAUUUUAUCGAUAAAUUCGAGUGGUUUGCACGUGCGGACGACGAUGUUUUCAUGCGAACGGACAAAUUGGAAAAAUUCUUGCGGUCAGUCGAUAGCUCGAAGCCACAAUUUAUCGGUCAAGCUGGUCGUGGUAAUAAUGAAGAAUUCGGACUGUUAUCUCUGGAAUUCGAUGAAAACUUUUGUAUGGGUGGUCCUGGCGUCAUCAUGAGUCGCGAAACUUUGCGUCGUGUUGCACCUCACAUAUCGACUUGUUUGAAAAAUUUGUACAGCACACAUGAAGACGUCGAAAUUGGACGUUGUGUACAAAAAUUUGCUGGUAUUCCUUGCACUUGGAGUUACGAAAUGCAGUCUAUUCUGCACCACAAUUCCAGUGGAAGUCGUGCAUAUGCGAGUAAUCUCAAGAGUCGCGAGGUGCACAACGCCAUAACGUUGCAUCCGGUGAAAAAAGCCCCCUUUAUGUAUCGCCUUCAUUCGUAUAUGCUUGGACUGAGGACGCAACAACAUCGACAAGAGUCACUUUACUUGCACCGUGAUAUCCAGUACAUGCUAAAUCUACUGCAAAUUCCAAAGACAAACAAACUUUUAGCACCGCGAGUUCCUAUUUUCCCCGAAAACGAAACGAGCAACAAAUAUUUAGGGGAUCCCAGUAUUUUAGGUAUAUAUCCUAGAUUAAAUAAGUUUAAGCCACGCACGCGAUACGAUCUGAUUGAGUGGGAUUUCAUCGGGAAGAGUUUGUACUCGUCACGUCACACAAAUCCCAAACGCAAAGUCGAGUCUGUCAUGAAGGAGGGUCUCGAAGAUGUCGUUCGUGAUGUCAUGCAAAUAAUCAACUCACAAUCUCGUGAACGCGGUCGAAUUAUCGAAUUUAAAGACCUCUUGUAUGGGUAUACGAGAACGAAUCCAUUGUAUGGACAGGAUUUGGUCUUAGACUUAUUACUCACCUACAAAAAAUAUCGCGGAAAGAAGAUGACAGUGCCCGUUCGACGUCAUCUCUACAUUCAGCGAUCGUUCACAGACUUGCAAGUGCGAGAAAUUCUUUCCACAACUCCACAUGACGUGAGGGAAAAAACAAAAGCCGGCAAUGAUCACAAAGUUGUACAAAAGUUCAAAUCCAUCAUCAACAGUGGCUUUGAAAAAUUAGCUGGACUCAGUUUUCCUGAUUCCGGGCAUUCCAACUGCGACGAUCUUCAGAAACAAGUGAAAAUUGUCAUGAUUUUACCUUUGUAUGGACGUUACGGCACAUUUUUACGCUUUUUGAACAACUAUGAAGAGGUGUGUCUGAAAUCCAAAAUUAACUUAAAUGUCGACCUACUAGUAGCUUUGUACAAAGACGAUGAGAGCUUGACGAGCACCAGUAAGAACAUUUCCAAUGCCAUGAUUCAAAUUUUGACCUACCUGAAGAACAAAUAUCCGAAAAAUGGCAUAAAUUACAUAAUUCUCAAUGGGAAUUUCUCACGUGGCAUCGCCCUUGAUCGUGCCUCGCGCUCCAACUACGUCUCCGAUAACGAUAUCUUGUUCUACAUCGAUGUUGAUAUCGUUUUCAGUCGCGAGUCGAUUGAGAGAAUUCGUCGUAACACCAUCAAGCAUCAACAAGUAUAUCUACCGAUUGUGUUCAGUGAGUACGAUUCACGACGCUUGCCGAAAGAAGAGGACGAAACUGGAGCAACCACAGACAACAACAAUUAUUUGAAACACUCGUCCAGCUACUUGGAGGACUUCAUUCAAUACUAUUCGGAGUACGUGUCACACACAAAGUGCAGUAUUACGGAUGCGCGAGGAUAUUUUCGGCAAUUUGGGUACGGGAUUGUCUCAAUUUUCCGAUCAGAUGCGCUAAACACAAAAAUUAAUGGCUUUGAUACGGAUAUCAAGGGAUGGGGAUUGGAAGAUGUCAAGUUUUUGGAGAAGAUUAUCGCGUCAAAUCAACAGCAAAGUCAAAAGUUGCUGGAUAUCGCGGAUGGAAAGACACUUGACAACACUUCCACGGAGAAUUCGUUCAUGCUGAAGAUGAUUCGGACGCCGGAUCCUUCGCUCGUGCAUAUUUUUCAUCCGAUCGAUUGUGAUAAAGGCCUCGAUGAGGCGCAGUAUAAAAUGUGUCUUGGCACAAAAGCAAAUACUCUCGGUAGUUAUAGGAAUGUAGAGUUUAACGUUAUUAAUAAUAAAUCAAUUCUAGACUAUGUAAGAAGUUCCAAUAGCAAUAAAGUACGCAAUAAAGGAUCAUGAUCCACUCAGGUCUCACAA